GAUUAUGUGCCUAAUCAAACGUCACAUUAAUCGUCAAACUUUACCAAGAACUAAAUUUCUGUUAAAAUAUGCACCCAUUAACCGUUUUACCGAUACUGUCCCGAUUUGUAUUAAGGCACAACAGGAAAACACUCAGAAUUGUGUGUAAACGAAGAUAUAGUAAAGCAGAAGAAUGCAAAAAACCACCACCAGAGGUACGUGUUUGUACCAUAUCGGAAUGCAUGGUGGAUCCUUGUAAACCUGAACCAUCUGUUAUCAUAAUUGGCGCUGGUAUCGCUGGACUCUCUGCCGCUCAACGGCUUUUACAAUGUGGUAUAAGUAACUUUAAAAUACUAGAAGCAACUGAAAGGCCUGGUGGGAGAAUACAUUCCUGCAUGCUGUCAAACAUUGUAACAGAAAUGGGUUGCCACUACAUCAAAGGCGCGUGCGUGGCAAAUCCUGUUUUUAACUUAGCAGCUCAAGAAGGUCUUCUGAAACCACCUUUAAAUACAGAUAAUCCGUUAAAGGGUUUGUAUUGCACCAGCGAUGGACGAGCAAUAGAUUACCCAGUUUCGACGAUGGCAUUUCAUAUAUUUAAGUGUAUAGAAAAGGAAGCAUUUACAUUAUUCAAUAUGGGAUGUAGACAAGAUCAUGGUUCGUUGAAAAAGUUUGUUUAUUUGAGAAUUCAACAAGAAAUACAAAAAUUCCCAGAAGAUCAACGGUACGAUAUUUCACGAAUACUUUACGGCUUAACAAAUGGUUUGAGGUACAAAAUAGGAGACGAUUUGGACAAUGUAAGUGCGGAUAAUGUGGGAAGUCUCAUUAAAAUACCUGGCGGUAAUGCCACAGUGCCUGAUGGAUUUGUUAGCGUGUUAUCCCCUCUUUUACGAGACCUUCCCAAAUGCAGUAUAGAAUUUAACAAACCUGUCGGUCUUAUUCGGUGGGGUGCAGUUCAAGGAAGGGGUCAGGCGUCCAGAGCUAUAGUACAGUGUUGUGAUAGCGAAGAGUUCUGUGCAGACUAUGUCAUAAUUACAGUAUCGUUGGGAGUUUUAAAAGAACAUGGAGACAAGCUGUUUUGUCCCGCGUUGCCUACCUGCAAAUUGGAGGCAAUAAAAUGUUUAGGAUAUGGUAGUGUAGAUAAAAUUUUCUUGGACUACGAGAGACCAUUUUGGAUAUGGUCAAACGGAUCGAUCAAAUUAGCUUGGUCACAAAAAGAAUUAGCAGAUAGAACAGAUUGGACUAAAGGUAUCAGUUCAAUCGAAGAGGUAGAAGGCAGUAAACAUGUACUCUGUGCAUACGUUAGUGGUCCAGAGGCUGUUGUUAUGGAACACGCAACUGACGAAGAAGUAGCAGAAGGUAUAACGAAACUGUUACGCCAGUUUACUGGCGAUCCUUCUUUGCCUUAUCCCUCUACGAUAUUGAGAUCCAAAUGGUCAUCAGAUCCUUACUUCUGUGGUGCUUAUAGUUAUAUGAAUUUAAAAUCGAAUAUUGGACACCAAUGUGAUUUAAGUAGUCCCGUUCCAGGAUCUUGUGAGCCAGUACCACCUAUAUUAUUGUUUGCUGGUGAAGCUACAUGUGCUGGUCAUCACUCAACAGUUCAUGGAGCUAGGUUAAGUGGAAUACGAGAAGCCGAACGAAUCAUUCAACUUACUAAACAGUAUGGCGGCCCACCACCAUACGAACGGCAGUGAAACAAAUAGUAUAGUUUUUGAAAUGCGUUUUAUUAUACUUAACAACAUUUUAGAUAUUUUCGAUAUAUAAUUUACAUCUAAAAAGAAAAUAAAUUAAGUAUGGUGUAUAUUAACCGUCUUGGAAUUUGUAACGUUACUUAAAUUGUUUAAUAAAAUAUAUAGUACAUUUGUAAAUAUUAUCUUUAUAAAAGAAGAAAUUUCAUAAAUAUAAACAAUACAUAUAAACACCAAAACUUUGUCAAAAACAUAACAUUCUACUAAAAUUUACAAUUUUUAAUUAUCGAUUUGCAGCGAAUUAUUUUAUAAAUACCAACAUAAUUCGAAUCUUCUAGGUCACACAUUAGUGAAAUAAUAGGAGCAUCCCACUACUCCAAGAAAAUAUAAAUUUACGAUGACAAUUGGACAUAAUCUGACACUCCCUUAAGAUCUGCAACUUUAAAGAUACGCGAAAUGUAACUAAUAUCAUUACGAUACCAAAAGAGGUCAAAACCCUAGACCACCAUUACUUAAACCAGCCGAUUUCUUAUUAACUCAAAUCAUCACAAACGGCAUUGAAGUUAGGAAAACUUGAAGUUCAGAAAACCCUUCAUCACGUCUAGCCUACCGCACUAUUUCAGAAACUACUGAAUGUUGGCAUCUCAGUCAUUUUUGACAAACUACUACACUUAUAUCCCCCAGAAGUAUUUAGGACAGAAGGUCAUUAAUCAACUUUGAAACAUUUUCAACCAUAACAGGAGUACUACGAGUUCCAUUCUCGCACCUGAACUUUACACCGUACUUAAUAGUGAUUUUCCAAAUUCUAAACGAACAACAAACUAACACUGCUUUAGACAGAUCCAGGCACAACAUCAGGAAACUCAUAUUUCAGUAAAUAGUACGCACAAAUUUACCUGAGCUACGAGGAAAUACGAUCGAAAAAUGAAGAGGGAUCAGAAGAUGAAUAAUACCAAACUUUAACUGUUGAUAUGUCCACAUUUUGUUUUAUUUAGAUCUCGACUGUCUAAGUCAUUUAUAGAAUAACAGUUUAUUUAUUCUUUGCUCUGGUGUAUUUAUUAUUUCAUAUUUUUUCUCUCAAAUAUCGGGAUAUUUUAAAUGCCCGACUUUGCUCUAUUUUUUUCUCUUUAAUGUUUGUGACAGAUUUUAUCUUUUUUGACAGCUUGACUCUAAUUGUCCAAAAAAGGAUUCCAAUGUAGUGUAUAUUCCUUUCUCUGUUAGUUUGCACCUAUUAAGAAAUUGUGAUUGCUAGAGUGAUUGGUAUAAUUAAUUAUUGCACUUAUGUGUUAAAUCAAAAAUAUAUAUAACCGAGUUGCAAGCCCUUAUCUCUUGCCGUACUGCUCCACCAUAGGCCAAUCAGAUACCAGCAUAUUCUAGACUAAGCCGCAGAUUCAUUUAGAAUUUUAAACUGCUGCGUUAGUCUUUUUGUUUUCUGUACACCGAGCUGGGGAUUGAACUGACAUCUCUCGCAGUGAAGCGAAUGAGAAGAGAGCCGCCCAGCCCGCUUGGCUAUCCGAUCGACGUAGGAGCUAUUUUGAGCUAUUUAUAAAUCAAAAAUACAUUUAUUAAUUAUUUACUAAAAGUGAGUCCGCCAGUCUACAGAGCCAUCAAGACUCUAAAAAUUAUAACAAUGUCAGGUAAAACCAUGUCAAAGUUAACAAGAUAUAGAACAUUGAAUGGAACGAUAACAUUAUUAUUUUUUUUAAGAAUUGUUCUGUAUAUUCUCCUCUGCCCAAUGGGUCUAUCAAGGAAAGCAUUUUUAACACCGCAGACAUUCUAUUUUUAUGUAUUUGAAAAUAUCUGAUCCUGGUGUAUAUUGUACUAAGUUCUACUGUCUUCUGCAGGCACCAUGGUCAUUCACUGGUCAUUCACAUGGUUUCACAGUCCACGGUUCUAACCUGUAUAUUCGAACUGGACAUAUUAUUGUUUUGCUGAGUUUCACCUUUGUAUCUCUUAAGAUAAUUGAGAAUUUGAAAAGGGGAAUGAGCUAAAAAUAGCUCCUACUGGCCUUGCACAUUCUGCGGUUUCUCUCUGAAGUAGUGCUUGCAGGUAUGCAAAUUUGUGCAUUGAUGAUAUCAUUUUUUUAACAAACAAGUUACUGAAAUAUUGUGGAGCAGCAGGGACAGAACAAUUAACAACAUUAAUAAAUAAAACACAAUCAAAUAUCGAAAGAAUGGAGAAGGAGCGAACUAAUUCUACUAUUCAAAAAAGGAGAUAAAAAACAGCCAGAAAACUACAGAGAUAUAAACUUGUUAACUAUUACGCUAAAACUUACAACUAAAAUUUUACAAAUGCUAAUAAGUCUGAGGAUAAGUUUAGCAGAUAAACAACAGUGUUUUCGUAGUGAAAGGUCAUGUACAGAUGCAAUAUUCCUUAUGAAGCAAAUUACUGAGAAUUCACUAGAGUAUAAUAGACCAUCAUUUCUGUGUCUCAUUGACCUAAAAAAAGAGUUUGUCAGAGUAAAAGAUGUAAUCCAUCUUCUGUAUAAUAUACAAGUUCCUCUAAAUAUUAUAAAAACUAUCGAAAACAUCUACUCAAACAAAAAAAUGGAAGUCGGAAUAGAUGGACAACUUACAGAACCUACAGAAAUAGGCAUCGGAAUAACACAAGAGGAUUCAUUGAGCCCCAUGCUCUUCAAUUUCUUCUUCUUCUUCUUUGGAUGCCAUCUUCUUAGCGAAGGUUGGUGAUGAUCUCUGCAAAGUCUUCCCUAUUUUGGGCUUUCCUUAUUAAACUUUGAAAGUCUAAGCCUAUCCACUCUUUGAUGUUGCGAAGCCAGGUCAUUUGUCGUCUAAAAAGCCUUUUUUUGUCGUCAAAAGCCUUUUCAUGAUCUAUAAAGCACAAGUAGACAUCUUUUUGUUGAUCUCGAUGCUUUUGCAUGAGAACAAUGAAACUGAACAAAGCUUCUCGAGUUCCCAUACCGUUUCGGAAGCCAAAUUGUUCCGGACCCAUAACUUCUUCGCAUUUUUUGUAAAUUCUGUUAUGGAUAAUUGUUAGAAAUAGCUUCAGAAUAUGGGGCAUAAGACUUUUUAAUUGAAAGUCGUUACAUUUUUUUGCGUAGUUCGAUUUAGGUAUAGGCAUAAACGUAGACGUUAACCAAUCUUGUGAAAUUGUACCAGUCUUGUAUAUACUGUUGAAGAGUCUUGAUAAUAAUUCUAAAUUGUCUUCUUCCAAAAGUUGUAUAAUUUCACUAUGAACGUAGUCAGGUCCAGAGGCUUUUCCGAUUUUCAUAUUUUUUAAUGCGUAUUUUAUUUCUGAUGUUAAGAUGGGCAAGUCGUUAUUUUCGAUGUUUGUUUGUCUAUCAAUAUUUAUUGUUCUAUGGCUAUCGUCUGGGAAUAGGUUUUGUAUGUAUGUUCGCCAUUCAACGCUUAUUUCUUCUAUUGUGGUCAGGACUCGAACUGUUGACAAAAUCAAAAAUGCGCUUCGGGUGAUGAA